AUGGCUGAGAACCCAUUAUCUCAGCCAGAGCAAUCAGUACCAGCACAAAGCAAUGCUGGUCCCGAAAUGCCUCCAUGCCGAAAGCGACUCCGACACGAUGCCUAUACCAUCGGGUGGGUAUGUGCUCUUCCAAAGGAACAGACCGCAGCCAGGGCCAUGCUAGAUGAAGAGCACGAACCUCUUCCGACCCCUCGCAAUGAUCAUAAUGCAUAUACGCUUGGCUCAGUAUGCGGCCACAACGUCGUCAUAGCCUGCCUACCUAAUAUGGGAACCAACCCUGCCGCGACCGUCGCGACUUCUAUGAUUAACACGUUCCAGUCGAUCAGGUUCGGACUCAUGGUAGGGAUUGGCGGCGGAAUUCCGUCGAAGGUCAAUCUGGGUGAUGUGGUGGUGAGCCAACCUGUUGCGGACUAUCACGGAGUGGUACAAUGGGAUAUGGGGAAGCUGGAGAGGGAUGGGCGAUUUAUCCACACAGGCUCGCUGAACCGACCUCCGAAUGCACUACUCAAUGCAUCGAAUCAGCUAAAAAGUAAUUAUGAGAUGUUCGGAUCGAAGAUAAAUGAGUAUUUAAAUGAUGUGGAGAGGAGAUUCCCGCGCCUGGCGCCAAAAUAUACCAGGCGUGAGUGCUUGGAAGACCCAUUGUUGUCAUCGAAGAGGGGACGUCGGACUUCGACCGAAGUCCAGUUUCUGUCUGGCCUAUGGCAGGCGGUCAUCGCAAUGAUCGCAUAUCUUCUUGGCUCAUGGGCUAUUAGCCCAGUAAACGAGGAGAAUAAGCGGCUGUCAGAGAAGGCAGAGGAAGUACGGACCCAAAGAGAAGUGAGGGUACAUCAUGGCCUGAUCGCAUCCGGGAACAAAGUGGUUAAGGAUGCCCAAUUCCGAGACCUCCUUGACAAAGAAUUCGGCGGGCACUUACUAUGCGUGGAGAUGGAGGCAGCUGGGCUUAUGAAUGACUUCCCAUGUAUUGUGAUCCGAGGUAUUUCUGACUAUGCAGAUUCGCGAAAAGAGAAAAACUGGCAAGAAUAUGCUGCAGCCGUGGCUACUGCAUACGCAAAGGAACUUUUGGGAUGUGUGCAGCCCAGUGUUGUUAAUGCUGAGGAAUCAGCGAAAGCUACGAUGGAAGAGGUAAACAAACAGAUCGAAAGUGUGCAGCGAACGACUGUCUCAAUCAAAGCUACUACCGAUUCUAUCAAGACCGGUCUUCAUACUCAUGAGAUCAAAACCUGGCUGGAUCCCCCAGACCCAUCGACGAACGCCAACCACGCGAGGACGCUUCACCAUGAAGGGACUGGCGCGUGGCUCCUUGAGGACCCCGUCUACCGGUCGUGGUAUUCGGGGUCGUAUCGACAUAUAUGGCUGCAUGGGUUCGCGGGAUGUGGAAAGACUGUUCUUGCUUCAACUGUGCUUGAUUUUCUCGCAGAAGGAGACGACGGUUCUAUCCUCAACUUUUUCUUUGAUUUUAGCGACACCAAAAAGCAGACCUAUGAAAGCAUGCUGCGGUCGCUUACUUUCCAGCUUUAUGAAGGUGGGGUUGACUCUGCUGUUCAUCUUGAUGCGUCAUUUCAAGCGCAUCAGAAUGGGAAAAACCAACCUGAGACGAAGGUGCUCUCGGCUAUUUUAUUCAAGAUGCUCGGAGCCCAGAAGAGGGUCGCUAUCGUUCUGGACGCAUUGGAUGAAUCAACCACAAGGGGUGACAUCCUUAAGUGGAUCGAAGUCAUAAUAUCUAAGCCAGAGCUGGGCCAUGUUCAGGUGCUUUUUACCAGCCGACCUGAGUCCGAGUUUCUGCGCCGCAUACCAAUUUUGAUAGGAGAGGAAGGUUGCCUACCACUUAAUAAGCAGGCUGUCAACUCCGAUAUCCGUUCAUGGGUCUCAGCACAACUCUGUCAACGGCGGGAUUUUACAGAAAAGCGCUUACCCAAGAAUCUUCUCGAAGAGAUUCGGAGAAAGGUCGGCGACGGGGCCGAUGGGAUGUUUAGAUGGGCAUUCUGUCAAUUAGACAGCCUGGCCCGAUGUCGUCACGAGGCAGCUAUGGAGAAGGCUCUUACAUCAUUGCCGCUGAAUCUAAAUGAGACAUACCGACAUAUGAUUGCAAGUAUACCGACCGAGCUAAAAGAUGACGCGAUACGAUUGCUUCAAUUCCUAGUGCACUCUAAGCGACCUCUUAAACUCGCUGAAGCUAAAGAAGUAAUAGCGACGCAGGUCCAAAACAAUUCGCAAGAAUUUGAUAUCAAGCGUCGACUUUUUUGCGAGACUGAUAUCUUAGAUUACUGCCCCAGCUUGACCGUCGUUAAAACCACUGAAAAAGAGCUUCAUCUUGCCCACUUCUCCGUCAAAGAGUACCUUCUCGAACAGGGUCAUUUUAAGAUCACAACUGCCAGCAUUUCCAUUACGAGGACGUGCUUGGGUUAUCUUACGGACAUUGGCGGUAGCUACAGAGAGAUCAAGCGGGAUUUUCCGAUGGCAAGAUACGCGGCGGAGAUUUGGACAGAGCAUGCUGCGUUGGCUCAGGAUUCCAAAGAUUUUAUUCAAGUUGCAGUUAGGUUCCUGGAAAAGGAAGCGACAUUCCAACGAUGGGCCCGUUUAUAUCAAGCUGAUAAGAGGUUGGACGAUGACCCUGGUCAACCGCGAGGUUCUAGGCUGUACUAUGUUUGCAUGGGUGGGCUUACAGCGCACGCACGGGAUCUUAUCGGCAAAGGAGCAAACAUCAACGCACAGGGCGGCCGCUACGGCAACGCUCUACAGGCCGCCUCAGACGGAGGCCAUCAAGAGAUCGUCAAGCUUCUUUUAGAAAAUGGAGCAAAUGUCAACGCACACGGCGGCUAUUACGGCAAUGCUCUUCAGGCCGCCUCAUAUGGAGGCCAUCAAGAGAUUGUCAAGCUUCUUUUAGAUGAUGGAGCAAAUGUCAACGCACAGGGCGGCCGCUACAGUAACGCUCUACAGGGCGCCUCACAGGGAGGCCAUCAAGAGAUUGUGAAACUACUCUUAUAUAAUGGAGCGGACGUUAACGCACAGGGUGGCCACUACGGUAACGCUCUUCAGGCCGCCUCAGACGGAGGCUAUCAAGAGAUCGUCAAGCUUCUUUUAGAAAAUGGAGUAAAUGCCAACGCACAAGGCGGCUAUCACGGCAAUGCUCUUCAGGCCGCCUCUCAGGGAGGCCAUCAAGAGAUUGUCAAACUACUCUUAGAUAAGGGAGCAGACGUCAACGCACAGGGCGGCCGCUACGGUAAUGCUCUACAGACCGCCGCAGACGGAGGCCAUCAAGAGAUCGUUAAACUGCUCUUAGACAACGGAGCGGGCGUCAACGCACAGGGCGGCGAUCACGGCAACGCUCUCCAGGCCGCCUCUCAGGGAGGCCAUCAAGAGAUCGUUAAACUGCUCUUAGACAACGGAGCGGGCGUCAACGCACAGGGCGGCGAUCACGGCAACGCUCUCCAGGCCGCCUCUCAGGGAGGCCAUCAAGAGAUCGUCAAACUGCUCUUAGAUAAGGGAGCAGACAUCAACGCAGAGGGCGGCCACUAUGGUAACGCUCUUCAGGCUGCCUCAGCGAGAGGCCAUCAAGACAUUAUCAAACUGCUCUUAGACAACGGAGCGGGCGUUAACGCACAGGGCGGCCGCUACAGUAACGCUCUACAGGCCGCCUCACAGGGAGGCCAUCAACAGAUUGUCAAACUACUCUUAAAAAAGGGAGUAGAUGUCAACACACAGGGUGGUUUAUAUGGCAACGCUCUCCAGGCCGCCUCACAGGGAGGUAAUCAAGAGAUUAUCAAACUACUCUUAGAUAAGGGAGCGGAUAUCAACGCACAGGACGGUUACUACGGCAAUGCUCUCCAGGCCGCCUCAGCUGGAGGCCAUCAAGACAUUUUCAAACUGCUCUUAGAUAACGGAGCAGACAUCAACGCGCAGGACGGUUACUACGGCAAUGCACUCCAGGCCGCCUCAGCGGGAGGCCAUCAAGACAUUUUCAAACUGCUCCUAGAUAAGGGAGCAGACAUCAACGUGCAGGACGGUUACUACGGCAAUGCACUCCAGGCCGCCUCAGCGGGAGGCCAUCAAGAGAUUGUCAAACUACUCUUAGAUAAGGGAGCAGACGUCAACUCACAGAGCGGCUUCUACGGUAACGCUCUCCAGGCCGCCUCAGACGGAGGCCAUCAAGAGAUCGUCAAGCUUCUUUUAGAAAAUGGAGCAAAUGUCAACGCACACGGCGGCUAUUACGGCAACGCUCUUAAGGCCGCCUCUCAGGGAGGCCAUCAAGAGAUCGUCAAACUGCUCUUAGAUAAGGGAGCAGACGUCAACGCACAGGGCGGCCACUACGGUAAUGCUCUCCGGAUUGCCUCAGAUAGAGGCUAUCAAGAGAUUGUCAAACUGCUCCUUGAUAAUAGAGCGGACGUCGACGCACAGGACGGCCGCUACGGCAGCGCUCUCCAGGCUGCCUCACUGGGAGGCCAUCAAGAGAUUGUCAAACUACUCUUAGAUAAAGGAGUAGAUAUCAACACACAGGGUGGUUUAUAUGGCAACGCUCUCCAGGCCGCCUCACAGGGAGGUAAUCAAGAGAUUAUUAAACUACUCUUAGAUAAGGGAGCGGAUAUCAACGCACAGGGCGGCCGCUACGGCAACGCUCUCCAGGCCGCCUCGUAUAAUGGCCAUCAAGAGAUUGUCAAACUACUCUUAGAUAAGGGAGCAGAAGUUAACGCACUGGGCGGCCGCUACGGUAACUCUCUCCAAGCCGCCUCACAGGGAGGCCAUCAAGAGAUUAUUAAACUACUCCUAGAUAAGGGAGCAGACGUCAACUUACAGGGCGGCGGCGACGGCAACGCUCUCCAGGCCGCCUCUCAGGGAGGCCAUCAAGAGAUUAUCAAACUACUCUUAGAUAAGGGAGCAGACGUCAACGCACAGGGCGGCCGCUACGGUAACUCUCUCCAGGCCGCCUCACAGGGAGGCCAUCAAGAGAUUGUCAAACUGCUCCUAGAUAAGGGAGCAGACGUCAACUUACAGGGCGGCGGCGACGGCAACGCUCUCCAGGCCGCCUCUCAGGGAGGCCAUCAAGAGAUUGUCAAACUACUCUUAGAUAAGGGAGCAGACGUCAACUCACAGAGCGGCUUCUACGGUAACGCUCUCCAGGCAGCCUCAGACGGAGGCCAUCAAGAGAUCGUCAAGCUUCUUUUAGAAAAUGGAGUAAAUGUCAAUGCACACGGCGGCUAUUACGGCAAUGCUCUUCAGGCCGCCUCAUAUGGAGGCCAUCAAGAGAUUAUCAAGCUUCUUUUAAAUGAUGGAGUAAAUGUCAACGCACAGGGCGGCCGCUACAGUAACGCUCUACAGGCCGCCUCACAGGGAGGCCAUCAACAGAUUAUCAAACUACUCUUAAAAAAGGGAGCGGACGUCAACGAGCAGGGCGGCAAGUACGGCAAUGCUGUCCCGGCUGCUUUGUGA